AUGCACAACAUACUCAGCCUCGAGGAGUACUUGCUGGAACAAGGUGGUGGAGGCACGAGACAUCAUUCACAUCUCACCGUCGAUCGUUCCAUCAAGUCGACGGCGCCGCCCAAACACACAGUUUUUGGUCAGACCAGUAAUUACUCCAGCACAACCGCCAAGAUGAAGAUACUCUCGUACUGGGUCUUCCCCAUCAUAUCGGGUCUGAUGUGGCUCAGCAUGCUCCUGGGCAUGCUGCUCUACUGGAUCAUCGACACCAACAGAGAAGUUUACCCAUCAAUGUCGCCUCCUCAAACCAUCGCAUACAUCAGCGACGUCGGCGCCUAUCGCCUCAAGCCGCUCUUCGUCACUGGAUGCGUCAUUACCACAAUCUUCCUCGACCUCUCCUUCUUUUCCGAUCGCUGGCUUCGUCACAAGGGCCGCCUCGCGCCCAACACGUCUACCGGAGAGAAGAUCCUCUACGGCUUGAGCAUCUUCUUCGCCAUCAUCGGCACUGUGGGCCUGAUUUGCCUGAGCAUCUUCGACACGUACCGCCAUAAGAACCUGCACCUGCUUUUCCUGCUGCUCUUCAUGGCCGGUUAUUUGUUGUCGGCCUGUUUCAUUUGCUGGGAGUACCAAAGAUUGGGAAUUAAAUACCCCGAGCACCGCUCCCUGGCGGCAUCCUUCUGGAUCAAGCUUGUCUUCAUCCUAGUCGAGCUCGUGCUUGCCAUCGCCUUCGUCACCUGUAACUUCAGAAAGAUGUACAACGCAGCCGCCAUUCUCGAAUGGGUCGUCGCUUUCGUCUUCUCGUUCUACGUCUGGUCCUUCAUGGUCGACCUCUACCCGGCCGUCCGCACCCGCGACAAGACCGCUCGCUUCUCGAAACCCGGAAUGAGAGAGUGGUCUAGUAGUAGUCCUCCUAACUUCUAG